AUACGUUCAUCUCACGUGCGAUAAAUCGAGAACGUAUCUGGAAUAUUAUUUUAUGUCUGUAUUGGCUUAUUUGGGUUUUGACGAUUUACACGUGAGUUUAUAGAAUAUGCAAUUAAAAAUGAUAAAAACUUUUAAUGCAAAAUUAGCGAAGCAUAUACUUCAAGAAGAGAAUAAAUUUAUUUCGAAUAUAUAUUCGAAAAUGCCUUUGCCCAUGUUCGAAUUAGUCAACCAGGACGAAGAUGAGGAAGAAAAGGACAAUUUUAUAGCAAGGGUUCCAGGAGCGACGACAAAAAGGGCUCAGACUUUCGAAGAAUUACAUGUCAAAUUGGAAGAAUUAAAGAACGUUAAAAAAUUGGGAUACAAACAGAAACUUCUAAAGAAAACUUUAAAGAAUAAAAUUAAAAAAAAGACAAAAAAAGAAGAACGUUUAACGCAGAAGAAGUCAGUAAGAAUGGAACAGCAAACAGCUGAUUUAAACAAUUUUAAUUUUGAAGAUAAUGAGAUGCAAAAAAUUCCAAAGCCUAAACCAAUAUUUAAUUCUGAAGGUAAGAUGGUCUUUAGUAAGUUUGAUUUCUCUGAAAUUGGAACAAAGAAAAAAUCGUUGAAAAGUGAAAAAGAUCCGAAGAAAAUUCUUCAACACUUGCAACAGAAAAAUGAAAAAUUAAAGAAAUUGGAACAGUCCGGUGAAAAAGACAAAGUAGAAGAGAUCAAAGAAAAAGAAGCUUGGAAAUCGGCCCUUGCAAGAGCCAGCGGUGAAAAGGUUAAGGACGAUCCAGAUUUAUUGAAACGCACAAUAAAACGACAAGAAUUAAAAAAGAAGAGGAGUUCUAAAAAGUGGGAAUCUAGAAUAGAGUCUGUACAGAAAUCUAAACAAGAAAGACAAGAGAAAAGGCAAGAAAAUAUUACAAAAAGAAAACGAGAGAAAAAAACGAAUAAACUCAAAAAAGCUGCAAAAAAAGGAAGAGUGAUACCAGGAUUUUAAAUGUAAUAUAUAUAUAUAGUCAAGAUAUUGUAAAAUAAAAUAUAACCUCGGCGGUGCCAAUAUUGUAUGCUAGUCAGGACUACUCAAUUCCAAUGCAGUACUUUGUUCAGGAUCAGAUCUUUCUUCGACAACGGUAUCCAGUUCUAACGAUGGAAAUGCUCUUGAUCCACGAUCACUUUUCAAGGAUACGGUUCUCGUUGGACGAUCAACGCCAGCUAAAGAAAACAAAAAAUCAUCAUCGUCAUUAUCAUCAUCAUCAUCAUCAAUUUCAAAGAGUAAGUUAAGACGCACGAUCUAUCUAUAGAUAUUUUAAAUAAUUAUUAUGAAUUAAUAUUAAUAAAUUCGAGAUUAAAACUUCA